AUGACCUCGACCGACGACCCCGUCAUCGCCUCCUACGACGUUUACCUCACAGACUCGGAAAUCUCCCGCUACGUGCUCCAAUACCUCGACCGCGAUCCCAAUUACCCCUACGAUGACCGCCACGGCCAGAGGCCCACGUCCUUCCGCCUCAAACCCCGGACCGGCCUGGUAGAGGUCGACGUCCCCAUCAACACUCGCGUCAACUACGAUGUCGAAAAGGGUCUCCGCUACGGUGAUGCCAUGCGGAAAUCCCGCAGCGCGCGGGAGGGCGGUUCCUAUGGCAUGGCCGGCGGGUUUACGGCGGGCGGCAGCGGUAGUGGGGCGAAAGUGAAGGCCGAAGCUGAUGUUGAGAUGGGAGGCACCGGGGAGGCCGCGUCGCUGUUGCGCGUGCAGACUCUUGGUGGUCGGAUUAAGAGUCCCGAGGAGGGCGAUCCCGUCUAUAUGCUGGCUGCUUUUCGGGGGAAAAACCUGCAUCUUUCGCCCGUGUCGGCGGUCGUACAGUUGCAUCCGCAACUGCACCAUCUGGACGCCGUGGACGAGCUGCCCAAGGCCCGCGGCGGCAAGGCGCGCAAGGAGGGCAUGGAGGAUGAUCGAGGCGAACCGGAGGCGCGCGCGAUUGAUGUCAAGAUCAAGGCCGCGGAGGACAAUGAGGCAGCCAUGGUUGCGGGCAAUCUGGAUCUGCUGAAGAAGAUGCAGGAGGAGAAGUGGGGAAAGUAUGAAUGGGUGGAUGCGGAGACGGAAGAGUCCUGGCAAGUUUAUGAAAGCUACAUGAUGCACCAGGAGCUGGAGGAACUCCCGCAGCUGCAGUCGGCGAUCAAUAGUGAGGAUUAUCUGGACAAGAUGAGCGCGCCGCGGAUUGACCCUGCCCAUCCGGAGAUGACGGGAUGGGCGAUGAAGCAAAAUCGGAAAAAGCAAGGAGGGAAGGAAUCUUCUAGGGAAAAUGCGGAGGGUUCAUCAUGA